AUGCUCGUGGGCGACGACCUGUGGGUCGCGUCGACGGGCGACGCCAAAAUCGUCCUGGGCCAGGUCAAGGAGGGCGACCCGCCCAAGUGCGCGCUCCAGGCCGUCCAGGUCACCGUGGAGCACAAGAUCACGGACGCGACGGAGAUCCAGCGCAUCGAGGAGGCCGGCGGCGUCGUCGAGCCCGCGCCGGGCUACGCCUGCGACCGCAUCUGGUUCGACGAGUCCUUCUCGGGCCCGGGCCUCCAGCCGACGCGGACCCUCGGCGACCACGCGGCGAAGAAGAUCGGCGUCAUCGCGACGCCGGACGUGUCCCACGUCAAGCUCACGGCGUCGGACAAGUUCAUCAUCCUGGCCUCCGACGGCGUCUGGGAGUACGUGUCCAACCGGCAGGCCGUCCGCUUCGUCGAGGCGUCCCUCCGGCUGAACGUCAACGAGCCCCUCCGCGCGGAGAUGGCCGCCAAGUACCUCGUCAACAUCGCGACGAAGUACUGGAUCAACGAGGGCGGCGGCUACCAGGACGACAUCUCCGCGACCGUCGUCGUCCUCGACCCGCCCGUCUGGAAGAAGAAGUACGAGUGA